AUGAGAUGGUUGGAUGGCAUCACCGACUCGAUGGACAUGAGUUUGAGCAAGCUCUGGGAGAUGGUGAUGGACAGGGGGCCUGGCGUGCUGCAGUCCAUGGGGUCACACAGUGCUAGGGCCUGGGUCUCCGGCCGGGUAUCGGGAGAAGUGGGACUUGGCAAGAUUUUCUGGAGGAGAAGACAUGAGGAGCCCAAGGUGCUGGAGGCCCCGGGCAGCAUGGUGCAAACUUGGCCCAGGGGAGAGGGCCCAGAUGGUCCAGGGAGGCAUUCGCCCUGGGCAUCAAGCCUGAAGACUCAGGCCUACAGAACAGCCUGGUAG